AUGUACACUAGAGUUAUUUCAGGAUUCUUACAGGCCAACCUAACUACUGAGGAUUGGAAUGCAUGUUCAAACAUACAAUAUUGUUUGAAAUUCCAUGCAAAGCUGGAAUUAUUACCACAAUUUUCGCAAAAAAAAAGUCCUCGCAAAAAAGAAAAAGCCACUCGCGUGCCUUAUCCACCUCGCCCUGAGCCCCCGACCACUCUGCCUCCACGCCGCUCGAUCCACCCCCGCCGCCGCCUUGAUCUUCGCCGCCACCGCCCCCUUCUGCGCCGGCGCCGCCCCGGCCCGGGCCGCAUCGCGGCGUCCCCGCCCUGGCCGCAUCGCGGUGCCCCCGUCCCCGCUCCGAGCGCCGCCGUCCGUCCCCGCCCUUCACCGCGCACGUGCCCCCGUCCCCGCCCCGCGCGCCGUCGUCCGUCCCCGCCCCGCACCGCCGCCGGCCGUCCCCGCCCCGCCCCGCAUCGCCGGCGGCCGUCCCCGCCCGCCCCGCAUCGCGGCCGGCCGUCCCCGCCCCCUUCCCGGCCCCGUCGUCCCCACCCCCUUCCCGCCCCGCAGCUGCUGGUGAGGUGGCCGUGGCCGCGGCUCCGGCGGUCCGGCGCCCCCUUGCCGGCCCUCUGCUACUGGCUUUCUGGUGUUGCAUAUCUUUGGAGUCAUCGUCGUCAAAGGCAUUGGUCUGUGAUUUCGUCGCUGUUUGACUACUUCGUCUACAGUCGAGGUGAUUUCGUUCAAGAGGAAUGGACGGGAAUGAAUCCUCCUACUGAGGCGGAGGCACUUACUCUUCUCCGUCAUGGAAACCCUGGACGUAAAAAUUUUGUUGCUUGGUUCAUGGAGAAAGGAAAAGAUCCGAACAUAUCUAUGGAUGAUGAAUUGAGAUGGGUUUCCAUGGGUUUUGACCCUGCUGUCAUGACAUGUAAAAAAUAUGAUGUGAAUGGGUAUCGCUUCCAUACAAAGGAGCACCAGAACAGUCGUCCUGAUCCCAAAACUAUAAAUACCGGAGUGUACACCCCCGGUCAAAAUUUAGUAGACUACUACGGAAGGGCACAAAAUAUAUACGAGAUUAAAUUCCACCAGUUAGGCCGUCGGCAUAUAUAUAAAACUAUGCCUACAGUUAGGCCAUCGGCAUAGCCUGGCACCUAUGCCUACGGCACGACCGUA